CUGGCGCCGCUGGUGGGCCCCCGCCCCCGGCCGGCCUCGACGGUGCCUGCGGCCACUCCCGCGCGGUUGAAGUAGCUGGGAAUCUGCGGGAUCCGAGUGUGUUCAAGAGGAGGUCACAGUAGCACAGCAAUGGUUGGAGAGCCUGCCAGAAGUGAACAGCCUCUGGCUGUGUAGAGGCCUGUGGGCUUACUGUGUGGUGCCCCCAUGGAGACAGGAGGGCCUGGGUUGAACAAUAUGAAGCCACAGACACUGCAGCUGGUGCUGGAGGAACAAGUACUAGCCCUACAGCAGCAGAUGGCAGAGACCCAGGCAGCCUCCUGGCGGAAGCUGAAGAGCUCUCAGGAAGCCCAGCAGAGGCAAGCAACACUGGUGAGGAAGCUGCAGGCCAAGGUGAGACAAUAUAGAAAGGGGUGUCAGGGAAUGAGGCCAAAUGAUCCGCUUGUUGGAGGUAACACUUAUCUCUAUCUGACUAAGGGACCAAUCCCUCAGAGGUGGGAAGGUGUGGAGGAGCCAAACCUGGAACAGCUGUUAAUACGAUUGGAAGAGGAGCAGCAGAGGUGUGAAAGUCUAGCAGAGAUGAACACCCAGCUCCGGCUACAUGUGGAAAACGCUGGUGUAGUGAAUAAAGCCCUGCGGGAAGAUGUGGAAAAAUUAACAGUGGACUGGAGUCGGGCCCGGGAUGAGCUAAUGAGGAAGGAGAGCCAGUGGCAGAUGGAGCAGGAGUUCUUCAAGGGCUACCUGAAAGGGGAGCAUGGUCGCCUUCUCAGUCUAUGGAGGGAGGUAGUAACCUUCCGACGGCACUUCCUGGAAAUGAAAUCAGCCACUGACAGAGAUCUGUCGGAGCUAAAGGCUGAGCAUGUGAAGCUUUCAGGGUCUCUGUUAACCUGUUGUCUGCGCUUGACUGUGGGAGCACAGUCUCGGGAUUCUGAUGGAUCCUGGAGACUGGAUAGAAGUGAGCCAGCCCAGCUGCAGCUGCUAGUAGCCAAGACCCAGAAGCUGGAGCAGGAAGCCCAUGAGAGGAGCCAGGAGUUACUACAGCUGAAGAGUAAAGGGGAAUUGGAGAAGGCUGAACUUCAGGAUCGGGUGACUGAGCUCUCUGCUCUGCUGACCCGAUCUCAGAAGCAAAGUGAAGAUUAUGAAAAGAUGGUAAAAGCCCUGAAGGAAACCAUGGAGAUGCUGGAAUCAAAUCAUGCAGAAUUAAUGGAACAUGAGGCAUCUCUUAGUAGGAAUGCACAGGAGGAGAAGCUGUCUUUACAGCAGGUGAUCAAGGAUAUUACCCAGGUCAUGGUGGAAGAAGGGGACAGUAUAGCCCAAGACUCUGGGCAUGAGAACUUGGAAUUGGACUCCAGUGACUUCUCCCAGUUUAAUUCCCAGGAGCCAGACAAGGCUCUUGAUCUGGUGCGUUCAGUGCUGACUCGGAGACGCCAGGCUGUGCAGGACCUAAGGCAGCAGCUCGCAGGCUGUCAGGAAGCCAUGAGCUUCUUGCAGCAGCAGCAUAACCAGUGGGAAGAAGAGGGUGAGGCCUUGCGAGAGCGGCUACAGAAGCUCACUGGGGAGAGGGACACUCUGGCAGGGCAGACUGUGGACCUCCAGGGAGAGGUGGACUCUCUCAGCAAGGAACGAGAACUCCUACAGAAGACCAGGGAAGAGCUGAAGCAGCAGCUGGAGGUGCUAGAGCAGGAGGCAUGGCGACUUCGAAGGACGAAUAUGGAACUACAGCUUCAGGGGGACUGUGCUCAGGGGGAGAAGGAAGAGCAGCAGGAGGAGCUGCAUCUGGCUGUCCGAGAAAGGGAACGCCUUCAAGAGACGGUGGCAGGCCUGGAAGCCAAGCAGUCAGAAUCACUGGGUGAACUGAUCACUCUUCGGGAGGCCCUGGAGUCAAGUCGCCUGGAGAGGGAGCUGUUGAGGCAAGAACAAACAGAAGUGACUGCAGCGCUGGCCAGGGCAGAGCAGUCAGUUGUGGAGCUGUCGAGUUCGGAACACAGCCUGAAGGCCGAAGUCGCUGAUCUUCGGGCUGCCGCUAUCAAGCUUAGUGCCUUAAAUGAGGCUUUGGCCUUAGAUAAAGUUGAGCUAAACCAGCAGCUUCUCCAGUUAGAACAGCAGAAUCAGUCUGUUUGCAGCAGAAUGGAGGCAGCAGAACAGGCGAGAAAUACCCUGCAGGCAGGUCUGGCUGAAACAGAGAGGGGUAGAGAAGCUCUGUGGGAGAGGAAUACUCACCUGGAGACUCAGCUGCAGAAGGUGGAGGAGACCAGGACUGAGCUACAGGCAGAUCUCAAGAGCAGCCAAGAAGAGAAGGAAAAAAUGCAGGAGAAACUAAGUGAGGCACGUCAUCAGCAGGAGGCAGCGGCAGCUGAGCUGGAGCAGCUGCAUCAGGAGGCAAAGCGACAGGAAGAGGCGAGUGCCCAUGCAGUCCAGGAGAAGGAGGCGCUAGUCCGGGAGAAGGCAGCCCUAGAGGUGCGGCUGCAGGCUGUGGAGCGGGACCGACAGGCCCUCUUGGAACAACUGCUGGGGCUCAGCUCAGCCAAGGAACAACUAGAGAGCAGUCUCUUUGAAGCCCAACAACAGAAUUCUCUGCUAGAGGUCACCAAGGGGCAGCUCGAGGUGCAAAUUCAAACUGUAACUCAAGCCAAGGAAGUCAUCCAAGGGGAAGUGAGGUGCCUGAGGCUGGAACUGGACACUGAACGGAGCCGGGCAGAACAGGAACGGGAUACGGCUGCCAGAGAGUUGGCCCGGGCUGAGCAAGAGGUGCAGACUGCCCUGCAGCAGCAGCAGUCAGCCCACGAGGAAGAGGUGAACCAGCUCCAGCAGAGAUGGGAGAAAGAGCGCUCCUGGCACAAGCAGGAACUGGAUAAGGCUCUGGAGGAGCUGGAGAGGGAGAAAAUGGAGCUGGAAAUGAAACUGAGGGAGCAGCAGGAAGAAAUUGAGGCCAUCCGGAAGCAGAGGGAAGAAGAACGGGCCGAGGCCGAGGGUGCCCUUUGCCAGAUGCAACUUGAAACAGAGAAGGAGAGAGUAUCACUCCUGGAGACACUGCUGCGGACCCAGAAGGAGCUAGCAGAUGCCGGCCAACAACUGGAACAGCUGAGGCAGGACAUGAAGGUUCAGAAGUUAAAGGAGCAGGAGACCACAGGGACGCUGCAGACCCAGCUCCGGGAUGCUCAGCGGGAGCUGGAGCAGACAGCCCAGCAGCACCGCCACCACCUUGCCACCCUCCAAAAAGAAGGCAGCAGCCUGCUGCAGGAUAAGCUAGACCUGCAAAAACAGGUGGAGGACUUGAGGUCUCAGCUGGUUUCCAAGGAUGACUCCCAGAGGCUGGUGGAGCAGGAGGUUCAGGAGAAGCUGAGAGAGGCCCAAGAGUGCAGCCGAAUUCAGAAGGAGCUAGAGAGAGAGAAAGCCAGCCUGACUCUGUCACUGGUGGAAAAGGAACAGAGACUCCUUAUUUUACAAGAAGCUGACUCUGUUCGACAACAGGAGCUGAACUCCCUGCGCCAGGAUAUGCAGGAGGCCCAGGGAGGGCAGAAAGAGCUCAGUGCCCAGGUGGAAUUACUGAAGCAGGAAGUAAAGGAAAAGGAAGCUGACUUUCUGGCUCAAGAAGCACAGCUGCUGGAGGAGCUGGAGGCAUCUCGAGUAACAGAGCAGCAGCUUCGUGCUUCCUUGUGGGCCCAGGAGGCGAAGGCAGCCCAACUACAGCUGCAGCUGCGCAGCACAGAGAGUCGACUGGAGGCGCUGGCUGCGGAGCAGCAACCUGGGCACUGUGCCCAGGCCCAGCUGGCGAACCUCUACUCUGUCCUGCAGCAGGCUCUGGGGUCCAUUUGUGAGAGCAGGCCUGAUCUGAGAGGUGGGGGAGACUCUGCUCCCUCCCUCUGGACCCCUGGGCCAGAUCAGAAUGGAACUAGGAUCCUGUUCAAGCGGGGGCCCCUCCUGACUGCAUUCUCUGUUGAGGCCGUGGCCUCUGCCCUCCACAAACUUCAUCAAGACCUAUGGAAGACUCAGCAAGCCCGGGAUGACUUGAGAGAUCAGGCCCGGAAGCUAGAACAACAUCUCAUUGACACAGAAGCCGAAAAGAGCCAGGUUCACACAGAGUUACAGGAUCUGCAGAGACAACUGUCCCAGAGCCAGGAAGAGAAAUCCAAAUGUGAAAGAAAACAGAGCUCCCUGGAAUCGGAGCUGAUGGAACUGCGUGAAACUGUGGCAUCCUUACAGACUCGCUUAAGGCAAGCAGAACUGCAGGGAAUAGAAGUGCAGAAUGAGCGAGAGUUACUUCAAGCAGCCAAGGAGAACCUGACAGUCCAGGUAGAACAUCUGCAAGCAUCUGUUGCAGAAGCUAGGGCUCAGGCAAGUGCUGCCGGGAUCUUGGAAGAAGACCUGCGGACGGCUCGCUCGGCCCUGAAACUGAAAAAUGAGGAGGUGGAGAGUGAACGUGAGAGAGCCCAAGCUCUGCAAGAGCAGGGCGAGCUAAAGGUAGCCCAAGGGAAGGCUUUACAGGAGAAUUUGGCCAUCCUGGCCCAGACGCUAUCAGAAAGAGAAGGGGAGGUGGAGACUUUGCAGGGAAAAAUUCAGGAACUGGAGAUGCAACGGGAAAUGCAAAAAUCUGCUUUGGAAGUGCUAUCCCUGGACCUAAAGAAAAGGAACCAAGAGAUAGAUCUGCAACAAGAACAAAUUCAGGAGCUGGAGAAAUGUAGGUCUGUUUUAGAGCAUCUGCCCAUGGCUGUCCAGGAACAAGAGCAGAAGCUGUCUGCACAGAGGGAGCAGAUCAAAGAGCUUGAGAAGGGUAGAGAGGCACAAAGGAACACUUUAGAGCACCAGCUUCUAGAACUUGAGAAGAACGCCCAACUGAUUGAGUCUCAGCAAGGACAAAUUCAGGACCUAAAGAAGCAGUUGGUUACUCUGGAAUGCCUGACCGUGGAACUGGAAGAAAACCAUCACAAAAUGGAGUGCCAGCAAAAGGCAAUUGAGGAGCUGGAGGGCCAGAGAGAAAUGCAGAGAGUGGCUCUGACCCACCUUACACUGGACCUGGAGGAAAGGAGUCAGCAGUUGCAGGCACAGAACAGCCAGAUCCAUGAGUUGGAGAACCACAGCACCCUGCUGGCAAGUGAACUCCAGGAGAAGAAGCAGGAGGUGAAAUCUCAGCGGGAACAGAUUGAGGAACUGCAGCGGCAGAAAGAGCAUAUGACUCAGGACCUGGAGAGGCGGGACCAGGAGCUAUUGCUGCAAAAGGAAAGGAUUCAGGUCCUUGAAGAUCAGAGGACCCUGCAAACCAAGAUCCUCGAAGAGGACCUAGAACAGAUCAAGCUAUCCUUGAGGGACCGUGGCAGGGAGCUGGCCUCUCAGAGGCAGCGGAUGCAAGAGUGGGCAGAGGAAGGGAAGGGCCAGAGUAAAAUACAGCGUGGGAGCCUAGAGCACAUGAAGCUGAUCCUGCGUGAUAAGGAGAAGGAGGUGGAAUGUCAGCAGGAACAUAUCCAAGAACUUCAGAAGCUCAAGGACCAGCUGGAACAGCAGCUCCAGGGGCUGCACAGGAAGGUGACUGAGACCAGCCUACUCCUCACCCAGCAAGAGCAGGAGAUAGUGAUCCUACAACAGCACCUGCAGGAAGCUAGGGAACAGGGGGAGCUGAAAAUGCAGUCACUUCAGAGUCAGCUGGAAGAGGCCCAGAGAAGCCUAGCCCAGAGGGACCAGGAGCUUGAGGCUCUGCAGCACCACCACCAACAGGCCCAGGGGCAGGACGAGAAUGUGAAGGAAAAGGCAAAUACACUGCAGAAAGCUCUGGAACAGGCCCAUCUGACUCUGCAGGAGCGCCAAGAAGAGCUUGAGGACCACAAGGAGCAUGUGCAGAGGCUUCAGGAAGAGCUAACAGUAGAGGGACAGCGGGUGCAGGCCUUGGAGGAGGUGUUGGGUGAUCUCAGGGCUGAGUCUCGGGAGCAGGAGAAGGCCUUACUGGCCCUCCAGCAGAAGUGUGCAGAGCAGGCCCAAGAGCAUGAAGCAGAGGCCAGGGCCCUGCAGGACAGCUGGUUGAAGGCAGAGGCAAUGCUUAAGGAGCGGGACCAGGAACUGAAGGCCAUGAAAGCAGAUGGCCAGUCCUCCCAGCAUCAGAAAGAAGCUGCCUGGAGUCAGGCUGAAGCUCUACAGGAGGCCCUCAACAAGGCUCAGGCUGCCCUGCGAGAGAAGGAGCAGCGUCUCCUUGAACAGGCAGAGCUGAGCAGCAAUCUGGAGGCCAACACUGCCACCUUGCAGGCUGCCCUGGACUCCUGCCAGGCACAGGCUCAGCAGCUAGAGAAGACCCUGAGGAAGCAGGAAGGUGAGAUCCAGAACCAGGAUCUCCAGCACCAGGAAGCCAUGCAGCAGCUCCAACAGGCCCUAGCCCACAAGGAGGAAGAGCUGAGACAUCAGAAGAAACAGGGGCAGAUGCUGGAGAAUUCUCUAGCAAGGUACCAAGAGGAUGUGAUCCAAGAGAAACAGAAUCUGGGACAGGAGAGGGAAGAAGAGAUGAGGGGCCUUCGUGAGAACCUGAGAGAGCUGCAGCUCACCUUGGCCCAAAAGGAAGAAGAGAUCCUGGAGCUGAGGGAGGCCCAACAAAGGAAGAGUAUGGAGGACUCACUCCACAACCACAAAGCCUCCCCAACAGAGAAGCCGUCUACAAAUUUUGAUCCUUCAGGGCCCAGGCUACAGCAGGAACUACGACGACUACAGGCAGCCCUGAGGCAGACAGAGGCCAGAGAGAUUGAAUGGAGGGAGAAGGCCCAGGAACUGGAGCUGUCCCUGGCUCAGAGCAAGACCAGUGUCAGCGAUCUGCAGGAGGUAGCCAUGUUUCUACAAACUUCUGUCCUGGAGAGGGACUCCAAGCAGCAGAGGCUGCAGGAUGAGUUGGAGCUCACCAGACAGACUCUGAAAAAUGAGCGGCUCCACAGCCCAGGUCCGGCCAGCAGAGCAGAACGGGGACCCAGAGGAGAGGUCUUAGGAGUGGAGGCUGAGGCUCAUCCUGGGAUAGAGGAAAAGCAGGCCUGGGGACAAAGGCUUGAACACCUACAACAAGCAGUGGCCUGGCUGGAGAUUGACCGGAGCAGGUUGCAACACCACAAUGCCCAGCUGCGGACCACCUUGGAGCAGGUGGAGCGAGAGCGGAGGAAACUGAAGAGGGAUUCCUUGCGUGCCUCCAAAACUGGGGUCCUGGAGGUCGGCGAAGCCACCGUGUCUUCACCCACACAGCAGGAUGGAAGAGGAAGACAGAAGGGCUCCUCAGAGGUCAAGCACAUGGGUGAACUGCAGAAAGAGGUGGCCCUGCUGCGAGCCCAGCUGGCUUUGGAGCGGAAGCAGAAGCAGGACUACAUAGCUCGCUCAGUACAGACCAGCCGAGAACUAGCAGGCCUCCACCACAGUCUCUCCCACUCACUUCUUGCUGUGGCUCAAACCCCUGAGGCCACUGUCCUGGAGGCUGAGACCCGAAAACUGGAUGAGUCUCUUACUCAAAGUCUGACAUCCCCAGGACCCAUCCUGCUGUGCCCCAGCCCCAGCACUGCCCAGGCCACCUCCAGGUAGCAGCCACAGCCAGGAUUCAAGCCAGCCUGGGAGCAGACAGAUAACUAUACAGUGGGUCAUAGUCCCUCUACAAAGCUGCAGGUUUGCAAAAAGAGAAACUACUUGCCUGUUACCCUAAAGAGGAACGCCUUGCCCUGGCCCGGGGCAUCUAGUACCUAUUAUCUGAAUUUAUCAUCUCAACUUUACACCCACCCUUUCUCCUUCCCCUUCAAGAAUAAACCAUGAAUCUUUGUAUUUUU